CAUGUUUACCAGGCAAAAAACUGAGUUUCCGGUAUUUUGUAGCCAUGAAGUCGAGUGACUGACGGCCGAUCGCCCGAUUCCAAUAUUCCAAAAAACGCAUUUUUUUCGGAAAGUAUGUGCAAUAUACGGCCAAACGACAAUUUAUUGAACAGUUGUUCUCAUUGACGUCAAUAUUAACUUUGUAAACGACCAUUCAGAAAGUAUAUGAGGCAGUUUUCUUCAUUUAGGCUGUAGUGUCGAUCAUCGACGUUCGCGGGUCCACCACACGAGAGAGCGUAACACUAACACGGAAUAGGCGCUAGGCCGGCGCUCGUGUUUAUUGGUGUCGGCCCCCUAGGAAGAUGGCGGACGCUGCCGUGGCGCCGGCAGCGGCCAAACCGCCGAAAUUAACUCAAGAACGGGACAGAGAACGCACCAUUUCGGGAAAUAGUCUCAAAAUGGGUUCAAUGAAGUACAAAAGCAGAUCUGGAACCAUGGACGGCAGUAGUCCGCUGGGGGAGCAGCCUACCACUCCGAGACAGAAAAAAAUCGGCCACAGACGAGUGGACACUCUCGGAGAAACAACUUACAAAAAGACGAGUUCGUCUGCGUUGAUGGCCGCAAUUCAGCUGGGCAUUGGACACUCUGUCGGUAGUCUGUCAGCUAAACCUGAGAGAGACGUACUAUUGCAAGACUUUGCUGUGGUAGAGAGUGUAUUCUUUCCAAGUGAGGGCAGUAACAUCACACCUGCGCACAGCUACCCAGACUUCAGGUUCAAGACUUACGCCCCCAUCGCCUUCCGAUACUUCCGAGAAUUAUUUGGGAUUCAGCCCGACGAUUUCCUGAUAUCCCUAGUGGACCGGUCACUACGAGAGCUGUCCAACCCAGGAGCCAGUGGUAGCGUCUUCUACCUGACCGAUGACGAUGAGUUCAUCAUCAAGACGGUACAACACAAGGAGGCCGACUUCCUACAGAAGCUUCUUCCAGGAUAUUAUAUGAAUUUGAACCAAAACCCUCGGACGUUGCUGCCCAAGUUCUACGGUCUCUACACUUACCAGAGCGGCGGUCGUAACAUUCGUUUGGUAGUCAUGAACAAUCUGAUGCCGUCGGACAUUACCAUGCAUCAGAAGUUUGACUUGAAGGGCUCCACCUACAAGCGCAAGGCUUCCAAGGCCGAGAGACAGAAGACGUUACCUACCCUCAAGGAUCUAGACUUUGUGGAGGAGCACCCCGAGGGGUUGCUGCUGGACAAUGCUACCUACAACGCGCUGGUCAAAACACUCCAGAGGGACUGUAGGGUGUUAGAAAGCUUCAAGAUUAUGGACUACAGUUUGCUUGUCUCGAUACACAAUGUGGAACAGGCAGAAAGAGACAGGCAAAAUGAAAAUAACAGUACAGAUGGCAACACCGAGUCGCGGACGGCUGACACGCAGCAACUGCAGCAGCAACUGCAGCAGCAACUGCAGCAGCAACAGACCACAGAGAUCAUCACUCGGCCCACCAUGCUCCGAAGUCUGUCCGACUCGGGCUCGGGAGAGGACCAUCACGGCGAGAAAACGCCUCAUAAACUGGAACGUUCCAAGUCCUAUCUCAAUAAAUCCAAGCGACCGGCGUUCUCUACGACGAGAGAAGCCAUCCAGGGCCACGUGAAGCAAUCGCUGAUGCCCGAGGAGGAUGAAGAACCGAGUGGUGGUAUUCCAGCCAAGAAUUCUAAAGGAGACCGGUUGGAUCUCUUCAUAGGCAUUAUCGAUAUCUUGCAAUGUUUCAAAUUGGUGAAGAAGUUAGAGCACACCUGGAAGAAGAUGGUGCAUGACGGUGACACGGUGUCCGUCCACAGACCCAGCUUUUAUGCCUCGCGCUUUCAAGACUUCAUGUCCAAGUCAGUCUUCAGGAGAUUGCCACCUUCGAAACAUUCUCCCUCUAAACGAAAGGGUUUUAAUUACACUCCAUCAGUAGGGGGCGGCAGACCCAGAGCGCGCACCGUGCCAGCCGAGCUGAGUGAUCCGCAACGAGUCCACUCAUCACACGGGGGCAGUAUGUCAGCAACGCUAGAAGCAGGGGUGUCACUCUCGCACGGAGGCCAGGGUGGUGCUAAGCCAAAGGUCACGCGGCCUGACCUGGUGCCGAGCACACCGCCCAACUACGGUGAAGCCUUACAGAUCACUAGCUCACCGCGGAAGCUGAGCUCGGGCAGCGGCAAGCGGCAAGACGCUAGCGUCACGUUUGAGAGUCCGACGCGGAGCUCGGACGAGGACGGCGCAGCGGUGGACGUGGAGGACAUCACGAUACGAACCGAAGCCAUGGACGAACCCUUCGCUACGGAGGAACUCCAACAGAAACUGAGAGAAAUGGACGGGAAUCUAGACUACAACCAAAGGCCCACGCUGACUACCAUGUUCCCCUCCACCCCGACCACGACCCCAACCACCUCCCCGACAAUGACUCCCCCUUCCCUGUCCACCCCUCGCACCUACAGCGGUAGCAGUACCAUCGAUACGCAGAGCGAGUCCUCGCCGCGCAAGACGGCCGACCUGUCCACGGAUUCAUCCGAGAGGCUACGGGAGUUGCCCAGCCCGACUAGAGAGGGCGAUGUCGGUCUGAGGAUACUGAGCAAGGAGGAGAAGGGGCCGGAGUUUGAGGAGGGCGCUGGUCAGGGAGACGAGGAGGAGGAAGAUGAACAGUGUUGGUUGUGAAUAGAUUCAGCUUUUGUCUACCGUCAACUGUAACCGCUUAACAUCAUGUUAUAUGAAAUCAAAGAUCUCAUGAGAAGGCCUCUCCAGACUGUCUUGCUUUUACAUCACCAAAGUUCAGACCAUCGGACUGACCCUCAAAUUUACAGCCUUGUCAGUCUGGUUGGCGAUUAUAGAAAAGUAUCAAAAUUAUUGUUGUUAAUCUCUUUGUUUUUGGUUGUUUUUUUUGUUUGGAAAUGUAUUGAAGAUGCUGCAGUGUGGAUAUUUGAGUUCCCAACCUGGGGCAAAUCUUGGGAUGUCUCAAGGUUUCGAUUUGGAAAGAAAUGAAAAUGAUGUCAGUGUGAAAAGGCCUUAAAAUGAGUCAGAUAGUGCCAAAGCCCGAUUGGAGGUUCAUGCUCAUGCACAUGUAAUAACCACUCAUCUCUAUUCUAACAGGACUGGCUGCUAUAUGCUCAUUGGCCAGUGUGCCUUGAAGCAUCUCGUCCGCCAUCUUGGGUCUCCAAAACAUCACCUUUUGCAAUUAAGGUUUUGUACACUGAAAACAACAAUAUCCCUAGUCCCUAUUUCAAUCUGAAAAUUUAAACAAAAUGCAAAUUUUGAACUAAAGCAGCAUGUAAAGUUGCAUCAAAAACUUGGGAAUCACACCUUUUUGUUACCCCCCCCCCAAACAAAAAUGGUUGGUGUUGCAGCCUUUCAUUUGCUGAAGAAAGAACAGCCUACUCAGGCCUUUUGUGAUAGAAAUUUUCAGAAAUCCUGCAAAAUCCACCACAAAUGGCACAUUCUUUGUAUCAUAACUCUCAAGAAGCAUGAAGCUCCAUGUAAAGUAAUUGAUGUAUCCCUGUACCUGUUUCCCAAAUUUUCCCUUUUUUUGCUGUUCAGUGCCUGAUCAACCAAAAAACAGCAACACCAAAUGUUUAGGUUUGUUUUCUUCGUCGGAAACCAUUUCGCAUAAUUUCUAAAAUGUUUCAAAUGCAAGCUUCUUAUGGUGGCAGUAAUUCUGCUUCAGAUAUUUCACGUAUAUUGUUGGAAAUCCAUACUUGGGUAAUAAAAUUAAAGGUAAUAUGCAACAUUUUGCAAGCAUAAAAAAACCCAAAACUACCAAGUUAUGAUGAAAUUCCUUACUUGAUGGUAAGUGAAAAAUAGUCUCAAGCAUCCUGUGAAAUCAUGGCACCUGGUGUGCCGUCAUUUUUGAGAAAAGUGGAA